AUGAAAAUCGAAGAGGAAAUCCUCCAACUAAUGAAUUAUGUCCCUGAACGAACGAAAAAUGCCACAUCGCCAAUGAAUCUCGCCCAAAUUUGCCGAAAUUUCGAUGCGAAAUUUCAGCCUUGUCUAACCUUAAGUUGUAUAAAUAAACGUGAUAAGGAGAAUGUUCCAGCGGAGAAAUCGGCUAGAAAAUCGGAAAUUUCAGAAGAAUUGAGCCUAAAAGAGUUCUUGAGGAGCCUUCUACUGCCAAUUCGAGCUCUGAAAUCUCCAAUGAUGACACGUGUGGAAUUCAGAAUUGAGGCGAUCUGUUUUGAAGAAGGAAGCGAUGAUAAAGAAAUCCCAAUGAUCAAUGCUCGAUCUGCGUUGGAAGCGAUCAUCGAUGCUGUGAUUAAUGUGUGA